GCGAGCCCAAGAAAGUCAUCGUGUGACGGUGCCUGGCGUGCGGCGACGAGCUAGCGCAGCGCAGGGGGCUGCUGCGGCGCUGAAGGCGGGUGCGGCGGCCGGUGGGUGGUGCUGGUCGGCGGAAGAGGACACUCGUGACCUUCCAGGACACCAGGUCGGCGAAGAAGGACCGGACAGGCUCUCCGGUCACGCCCUGCGCCAAGGGUGACCAUGUCGCGCCAACACCGCCACGAGGGGCGCCACCAUCGGGACGACGUGGAGAACCGGUACCAGGAGGACGAGGAGGACGACCGGCGCUACCGACAUCGAGAUGACGAUCACCGGCAGCGGGCUAUGCACCGCGACUAUGACGAGCAGCGCAGCGAGACAGAGCGCGCGCCGUCGGACCGGGCCGUGAGCGAGUUCAUCCUGGACACGCCGCGCUACGACAUGCACGAGCAGGAGCGCUACGACACGGGCCGCGGCCACCACGGCCGGUCACGGGAGCGCAGCCACGACCGCCGCUACGACGACGACCGCGGCCACGACCGCCGCUACGACCCGGAGGAGCGCGAGGCCAGCGAGAUAUACGCCGAGGCGCAUCAGCCGCCCCCGGUCAGCGAGAUGAGCCACUACGCCCCAAGCCAGCGCACUUACCGCAGCGGGGUCUCAGACGGCACGAUGAAGACGAAGACGUCCCGCCACGGCAACCUGAUGAUGGAGACCAUGGCAGCUCCUCACCCGUGCUGCCCCAACACGAAAGGCGUCUGCUGCCUCAUGCUGCUGCUGAACUUGGCCAUUCUGCUGAUCGCGCUAGGUUUUGUCAUCAUCCUUCAGCUCUUCAAUCCGCCGUUUGUAUGGUUCAUCGGCCUGGCGCUGCUGAUUGGCGGCUUCUGCGCGCUCAUCUUCUGCCUGGUGUACUGCGUCUGGGUGUGCAAGGACGCGCAACGCGCCAACGAUCAGGGCGAGCUGUACUGGACCCACCACUGGCAGAAGCAGUGGGGCUACCAGCCUUCCGAGAAGCCAUCCGAGCCGUACCGGGAGCCCGAGCGGUACUGAGGCGGCGCACAGCGACACGCAGCGGUACCGAGACGCCACCGGCCGCUAGCUGCUACUGCCGUCUCACCACUGGAGUCAAGGAACAGAGCAGACGUGAACGAAAACGACAGGAGACGACGGCAAGGAUUCCCGAGCAGCGACUGCGGCGGCUCUCCGUAGUGUAGUAACAUUCACGCAUGCGUGUGUAUAACCGCAUACAUGAUCACUUGACUUUCGACUACAGAGUCGAUCUCCUACCCCUACUGGCCGUCGUAGCGUCGCAUUACGUUGAUCCGAGCUGCCAGCCGCCAGCCUGCACAUGCCGGCACAGGUCGCCGAUCUGCAGACCGGCCCUUGAUCAGCCCUCAGCGUCCGGCAGUGAGAUGGGUGGUCCAACUGUGAUGGUCUCUGAUGUGGGGCUGGGUGUCCCCCCCGUGCCAACAUGGGUCCGAAUAACGACUGCGUUAACAUAUCGUAGCUAUCUCGAGUCACGUCGAGGCGGGCGGCGGAAUCGUCGCUGGGGUUAACGUGGCUGCUCGUCAUUCCGUCCCGAGUGAAGCGUUGUGAGUAACCAUAGUAACUUAUGACGGCAUGCUAUUAUUGGUGUGAUUAGAAGCAAAGGCGUGGUGCAGUGAGCAACACGAGGCACAGGUAACGCAGUGAUCAACUUUAGCCAAACAGUCAAAAUGUAUAAUUAUUGUGCUGGUUAUGCGAGAAACGCCUGCUGUGUGAUUGAGUUGGGCACUGUAGAGACAUAACGUCGACUAAAGGUCGCGGUGCCGAGUGUGGACGGUGCGCUGACCUGGUGCGUAACACCUGUAACACGGCGCCUUAGAGGUUGGUGCACCGUCGCCAAUGACUAGAACAUGACUAAUACAUUAUUCCUGAGACGUCAAUUUCCGUGACUGAUCAUGAGCCUAGCUGCCGUCUGCAGAUUCUGCCAUAAUCGACGACGCGGACGGAGAACAUAAUUUUAUCAACGAUUACCGAUCUUCCACGAUAAAAUUUUGCCAAGUA